CCCGCCCGAGUCCCCGCAGCGGCCAGGGGUCCCCGCAGCGCCCGGCCAGGGAUUCCCGCAGCGCCCAGGGGUCCCCGCAGCAUGGCCUGGAACACCAACCUGCGCUGGCGGCUGCCGCUCACCUGCCUGCUGCUGCAGGUGGCCAUGGUGGUCCUCUUCGGCGUGUUCGUGCGCUACAGCCCCGAGGCCGACGCCCAUUGGAUCGAGGGGAAGGAGCCCGGGAACCGGUCCAGCGACCUGGAGAACGACUUCUACUAUCGCUACCCUAGCUUCCAGGACGUGCACGUGAUGAUCUUCGUGGGCUUCGGCUUCCUCAUGACCUUCCUGCAGCGCUAUGGCUACAGCUCCGUGGGCUUCAACUUCCUGCUGGCGGCCUUCGGCAUCCAGUGGGCGCUGCUGAUGCAGGGCUGGUUUCACUCCUUCCACGACGGCUACAUUCUCAUCGGCGUGGAGAACCUCAUCAACGCCGACUUCUGCGUGGGCUCCGUCUGCGUGGCCUUCGGGGCAAUUCUGGGCAAAGUCAGCCCUGUCCAGCUGCUCAUCAUGACCCUCUUCCAAGUGACCCUGUUCUCAGUGAAUGAGUUCAUCCUUCUCAGCCUGCUCAAUGUGAAGGAUGCAGGGGGCUCCAUGACCAUCCACACAUUCGGCGCCUACUUUGGGCUCACAGUGACCUGGGUCCUCUACCGGCCCAACCUGUACCAGAGCAAGGCCAGGCAGAGCGCUGUGUACCAGUCGGACCUCUUUGCCAUGAUCGGCACCCUCUUCCUCUGGAUGUACUGGCCCAGCUUCAACUCGGCUGUGUCCAAUCACGGAGACGCCCAGCACCGAGCGGCCAUCAACACCUACUGCUCCUUGGCAGCCUGCGUGCUGACCGCGGUGGCGCUGUCCAGCGCCCUGCACAAGAAGGGCAAGCUGGACAUGGUGCACAUCCAGAACGCCACGCUGGCCGGAGGGGUGGCCGUGGGCACCGCCGCUGAGAUGAUGCUCAUGCCUUACGGCUCCCUCAUUGUCGGCUUCAUCUGCGGCAUCGUCUCCACGCUGGGCUUUGUGUACCUGUCGCCAUUCCUGGAGUCCCGCCUACGGAUCCAGGACACAUGCGGCAUCCACAACCUGCAUGGCAUGCCUGGCGUCAUAGGCGGCAUCGUGGGUGCUGUGACGGCGGCCUGCGCCAACGUUCAAGUUUAUGGACAGGAAGGGCUGGCCCACGCCUUUAACCUUGACGGUUUCAAGACUGAGUGGACCCCGAGCCUGCAGGGCAGUUUCCAGGCCGCCGGCAUCUUCGUGUCCCUGGCCAUGGCCCUGGUGGGCGGCCUCUUUGUGGGAGGCAUUUUGAAAUUACCCAUCUGGGGCCAAGCUUCUGAUGAGAACUGCUUCGAGGAUGCUGUCUACUGGGAGGUGCCCGAGGAGCCCAAGAACGCUGCCUCGCAUCAUGAGGACUCUACCCUCAAGGCACCAGAACCCUGAGCUCCCAGGGCAGGUGAGAAGCAGGCUCCACAGACAGUCCCGGAGCCCAGGAGGAGCCGGUGCCGGCCAAGCUGGGCACGCAAGGACAAGGGGAGCAGCACCCCGCCUGCUGGCAUGGCCCAGGGCGCCGCCACCCUCGCUCCCCUUCGCUGCCUGGACGUGGAGAAGGAGGAGGAGUAGGCAAAGUGGGCGGACAGGCCAGGUUCUGGCUGCAG